UGACAAAGGAACGUUGUGGUCAGAAACAAUAUUUCGAGUUUUCUUCUGUUUUAAGUCACUUUUAAUUUGAAGCACUAUACUUUACGGAGAAGAAAUUUUAUUUAUUUCAAACCUUGAGGCUAACAAACGAUUACCAAACGUUUUUCUGUAAGGAUAUUUUAUCGUGAUAAAGUAGACAAGCAGAUUGCAGCCAAGAAAGAUCAUCGAGGAUAUGUCUUCUCAAACAUUACAAAAUCCGGACACGGAAACCUGUCUCAAGCAUUCUUGUGAACUUCCGUAUUUUUUACCAACUGAAGUUGCUAUUCAUAACACAUUAAACGAUUGCUGGGUCUCGUAUUUGGGAAAAGUAUAUAAUCUUACAGAACAUUAUAAAUCAUGGCAAGGAAGUAGAGCUAUAAAACCUAUAUUAGCGCAUGCGGGAAAAGACAUAAGCCACUGGUUUGAUCAUCAGAAAAAUGACAUUAGAUAUUACAUUCAUCCCAUAACUGGCACUUCUGUACCCUAUUGUCCUCAUGGACCGAUACCGGAUAUGGUACCUGUAGCACCUACAUCUACGUGGAUACCUCUUGAUAAAUGCCCUUGGUGGUUAUAUGAGAAAUACAAAAUUGGAAAUCUGACGGUGAAUUCAAGACCUUGCAGGAUCAUCAAUGUUCUUUCAGGAUAUCAAUCUAUAAUAUCGGUUUGUGAAGAAGAUACAAUUCAAAGAAUUCAGGAACGAUUUCUCGACUUCAAUGCUAAUGGUGCUUCGUACACUUGGAAGUUCGAAGGAAGAAGCAUAAAUUUGCAUUAUACACUAACAGACAAUGGAGUACCAGAUGAACGCGAUCUGCUUGUGGAUGUUGGUCUUUCAGAAGAAUUUUAUAUACCAACUUUAAUGUGUUAUUACAAUGAUGAUUUAACUGAGAUGUGA